UUCCAAUGCAAACAGUUAAAGAGAGUGCAAUUUGCAAAAAGAAAAUACGUGCUAAUUUGCUCUGACAGUAGUUCCUAAAAGAUUUACAAACCAAUACAUAAUGGCAUCGAUUCAUUUUGACGCCCCGUCCUCUGCAAGUUCCGACAGCGAUGGUGGCGAAACUCAAGCCGAUUUCUCUGAGGUCUUCCCUGAUAUUGAGGGUGAGGAGGAAAAAAGUGGCGAUUUUUAUAAUACACCGGCUUCUCCCAUUACUGUACCAUAUUGUCCUCGACCGCCUUCAACUGGUUCACAAAAAUCUCCUAGACCCAGGCGGCAAAGAACUACUUCUAUUAAUCAGUCUUAUAAGAAAACUGCCACUGAAUCAAUAAUGCGUACAAAACAACAUAGGACAAUUUAUACGGCUGGAAGGCCCCCAUGGUACAAUUGUGCAGGGCAACAAGUAGAACCCUUUGUGAUAGGUAUAUGUGGAGGCAGCGCUUCUGGAAAAACAACAGUAGCAGAAAAAAUAAUCGAAUAUCUAGGUAUACCUUGGGUGACUUUACUUAGUAUGGAUUCUUUUUACAAAGUAUUAAACGAAAAACAACAUGAUAUAGCCCAUCGAAACGAAUAUAAUUUCGAUCACCCCGACGCUUUCGAUUUUGAUUUACUUAUAGAAACGUUGCAACGACUGAAAGAAGGGAGGAAAGUUGAAGUUCCCAUUUACAACUUUGUUACUCAUUCUAGAGAAACUAGAACUAAAACUAUGUAUGGCGCAAAUGUAAUUAUUUUCGAAGGUAUUUUAACUUUUUAUAAUCCUUCUGUUUUGGCAAUGCUCGAUAUGAAGGUGUUUGUUGAUACGGAUGCUGACGUUCGAUUAGCGCGGCGUUUAAAACGCGAUAUUCAACAAAGAGGACGUGAUUUGGAAGGGGUUUUAAAACAAUAUACUGGGAUGGUACAACCUUCUUUCAAUCAUUAUAUUGCACCCUUAAUGGCGCAUGCUGAUAUAAUAAUACCUCGGGGUGGUGAGAAUGAAGUUGCUAUUCAAUUAAUUGUACAACAUAUUCAUACACAAUUACAACUGAGAGGAUUUAAAUUGCGUGAAGAAUUAGCACAAACUCAUUGUAAUUUAAACCUACCCCGACCAGAUACUGUAAGAUUAUUACCUUCAACUCCACAAAUUCAGGGAUUACAUACUUUUAUACGAAACAAAGAUACUCCUCGGGAUGAGUUUAUUUUUUAUAGCAAAAGACUUAUUAGGUUGGUUAUAGAGUAUACGUUAUCGUUAAUGCCGUUUUCAGAAAAAAUUGUUGAUACACCUCAGGGAGUUCAAUAUUAUGGUAAAAGAAUGGCCUCAAAUAAAAUAUGUGGCGUUUCAAUUUUACGAGCUGGAGAAACUAUGGAACAAGCGUUUUCAGAUGUUUGUAAAGAUAUAAGAAUAGGAAAAAUUUUAAUCCAAACUAAUUUUCAUACAGGGGAACCAGAGCUAUUCUAUUUACGACUUCCAAAGGAUAUUAAAGACUACAAAGUUAUUUUAAUGGACGCAACGGUUGCUACGGGUGCAGCGGCAAUGAUGGCAAUUAGAGUUUUGUUAGAUCACGACGUAGACGAAGCAAACAUUCUAAUCGUUUCACUUUUAAUGGCCGAAUCAGGAGUUCACGCAAUCGCUUACGCCUUUCCGAAAGUCCAAAUCGUUACGACGGCUGUUGAUCCCGAAAUAAACGAUAAGUUUUAUGUUUUACCUGGAAUUGGGAAUUUUGGGGAUCGGUAUUUUGGGACGGAACCGUCUGAUGAAUGUUAAGGGAUAAAAAUAGGAGCUUAUCAGGUGAUAUUGGUUGCUCGAAUAUAAAUAUGGAUAGAGUACUAUAAAAGAAAAUAUAGAUGCAGUUAAUUUUUUGUAAGAAAAAAGUAUACUACAACGUAUUGUAUCUUAUUAUCCUUAAAUUGAUGGUGAUUUAAGAUAACUUAAAGUGUUAAAAUGAAAUUGAUGGGAUUAUUUUUUAUCACCAUUGAUAUUAAGUUGCCUUUAAAUAUACAAAUAAGAAUGAAUGAAAAGAAAUUUUUAAGUAGUUAUGUUAUGAGAUACUUAAGUUUUUUUGUGCUUAAGUUAUAAGAUCUAGUCUCGAUUUUUUGUUGCUGCUGUAUUUUAUAUUAAUCUAAAAAUUCUGCACACAAUUUUAUUAUUUUAUCUGUGGUUUUAUUUAUUCGUUAGGA